CACCAAACUGUCCUCUGCAACCGAGAACGGACGAUUGUUUCGCGCGCAGCACCCCCUGCGGGUUUCGCCAACCUUUCAACCCAUCGACCUUCCAAAUGGCUUCCCUGGCGUAUGUAGCAGCUAGAUAAAAGACCGGGCGGUCUUCCGUAGAGCGUGGAAGCUGAAGAGGAGAGGGAGCUCGCCUUAAAAUGAAAUGCCACUGCGCGCACUGGCCUAUGCGGCGAUGGUUCCGCCUGCUAUGGUGGUGCCUGUGCCUGCUCACGUUCAUCGCCCUGCCGCUGACCAUCUGGGAGUUUCAAAAGCAGCACUACGACGUGCACUACCAAGCCUGGUUCAUAGGCGGCAUCUUUGUCAUCCUGUCCAUGCCCAUUUCGAUCUAUGAGAUCGCUAUGCACACCGAGUACUACACUCAGCCGCGGCUGCAGAAGCACGUGAUCCGCAUCUUGCUCAUGGUGCCCAUCUACGCCGUGGACGCGUGGUUCGCGCUGAGGUUCCGCAGGGCUCGCGAGUACCUUGACCCCAUUCGCGAGUGCUACGAGGCGUUCGUCAUCUACUCCUUCUUCGCCUAUCUCAUGGCCUACCUGCAGGACACACUGGGCGACGUGAACGAGCAUUUGGCCAAGCGGCCGCAGAUGCAGCACCUGUGGGGCGUGCGCUGGCUGCUGCGGCCCUGGGACAUGGGCACGCAGUUCCUGUGGGAGUGCAAGAAGGGCGUGCUGAACUACGUCAUCCUGCGCCCCAUCUGCACGGGCCUGGCCUUCAUCACCGACAUAUUCGACGAGUACGGCGAGGGCCAGAUCAACUUCCGUAAGAGCUACGUGUACCUGGCGGCAGUCACCAACUUCUCGCAGCUGUGGGCGCUGUACUGUCUGGUGAUGCUGUACACGGCCAUGCACCAGGAGCUGGCGCCCAUCCGGCCGCUGUCCAAGUUCCUGUGCAUCAAGGCCGUGGUGUUCGUCACGUUCUGGCAGUCCAUCGCCAUUGCCAUCCUGGUGUACGCGGGCGUGCUGCGCAAGGAGAGCUGGACCACGUACGACAAGGUGAACGUGGCCACCGGCAUCCAGGACUUCCUCAUCUGCAUUGAGAUGUUCCUGGCGGCACUGGCGCACGCCUACGCUUUCCCGCCACGGGACUACAUGGCGGGUCACUCCAAGGGCUUCUUCUCCAACGUGCGCUACAUCUUUGACCUGAGGGAUGUGGUGGACGACGUGGGAGCGGUGGUGGAGGACCACGUGAGCAGCGCCACCUCAGCGGUGGUCAAGGCGCCGCAGCGCGCCGUCAAGAAGGCGGCGCAGGGCAUCGCCAAGAACACAAAGAAGCUGUUCAGCGCGGCCAGCGGCGGCAACGGCAGGUCGGGGCGGGGGCUGAUGGACGAGGAGGACGAGGCGGCGGCUAAGUGUGCGCUGCUGGGGCCGGCGGCGGGCACGGCGGGCAGCAGCGGCGGGCCCGGCAGCGGAGCGCAGGGCACCAGCGCCGGCAGCAGUGGCGGCGGCGGCGGCGGCGGGCGGUACAUGGGCGGCCUGGGCAGUGCCGGCAGCAGCCCCGGCGACCACAGCAACGAGCGUGAGAUGCUGGUGGCGCCGCAGCAGCACCUCAUGAUGCACCAGUUCGACACCUCGCCCUCGCACCACCUGCCCAGCGGGGCCCUGCCACACGCCAGCAGCGCCGGCGGCCGCUUCGCAGGCACGCUGCCGCCGCUGGCGCCCACCGCGGCAACGCUCGGCUCGGCCGCGAGCGGCGGCGCCGGCGGCGCUAUGGCUGCGGGCGGCGGCGUGGCCGGCUCCGCCUCUGGCCUGAGCGGCCUGCUGACGUCAGCGCUGUACCCCGGUCACAAGCGCACGGGCUCGGGCGGUAGCGCGGACUUCACACUGCGCGGCCGCCGGGGCUCCGGCGCUAGCGACUACGGCCCCGCUUACCAGGGGCUCACGGCGAUGGGGCACAGCGCGCUUGCGGAGGGCGGGGCCGGCGGCGUCGUCGGCCCCCUAGGCAGUGGCGGCGGCGGGGGGCCGGGCGGCAGUGGCGCCGAGAGCUACUGUGCGGAGUAUGAGGACGUUGCGGGGCCGAGCGGCGGCGGCGUGGAGGUGCCGCUGGUGGCGGUGACUCACCACAGCCACAACAGCCGCCUGCAGUCGGGCGGCGGCAGUGGCGGCCUCAGCGGCGGUGCAGGGCCAGGCGCCGGCGGUGGUGGUGGGCUGGAGGUGGCGGGGCGGCGCGGCAGCGCCGGCGGCCUGGUGGGGCUAGGCGGCAGUGGAGGGGGGUUAGGAGGCGGCGGUGGGAGCGGGAGCGUGUCGGGCGGGAGCAUGUGGGCGAAGCUGAAGGGUGGCGACCGGUCGGGGCGCGGCGGCCGCGGCGGUAACGGUGCAGGCGGCGGCGGCAACUCGUCUGGCGAUGACGCGCCAUACGAGCGGCUGCCCAUGAUGCCCGUGUCGUCAAAACGGGCGCAUGGCGAGUGAUGACACUACCUCAGUGCGGCACUGCGUGGGUGCACGUGAGCGUGCGGCUGCUGCAUCAAGGGCUGCAAGUGGGAGAUGGCGUGCAGGAGCAGCAAGACCGGCAGCAGCAGCAGCAGCAGCUGCUGCAGAAGGUCGCAGAUGGCGCGCUGCCCCGGGAUGCACCGCGCAGCUGCAAAAACGUGGAUGGGCCCAAACGAAUAACGCUACGCAGGGAAUCGAGUGUAGCGACGUGCGUGUGUGUGUGAGAAUGCGAUGGGUGUAUGUGUGCGGGUGAGGCUAUCUCAAUCGCCGUGCUAUUGCUCGUGGGGAUUUAUAUGGUACCUCUGGGGAUGUGACGGCAGGUGCGGACGUGCGAUGCAGCAGGGGAGAGACCCUCCAAGGGUCCCUGGGCCCGUCUAUCACAGCCCUGGGCCCGUCUAUCACAGUGGGCGGCGCUGGAGGCGGAACAACAAUGAUGGUGCGUUGCGGAUGGUUACGCUGUAAUAAUGGGGGGUG